AGAGCCUUUACUUCUUCAUCUAGUACUCUUCGAAGGUUUCAUCAAUGGGGAAAGAAGGCCGGAGCUCGUGGCUUGCAGCAUUCAAAAGAGCCUUCAGAUUUUCUCCGACCAAAGAUGCUGAUACAGAUAAGGAAGAUAAGAAGAGAGAGAAGAAAAGAUGGAUAUUUCGCAAAUCUCCCGCCGGCGAACAUCCUCUGAGAACUUUAUUGGCGACGGCCGCCGUGCCGCAGGCUGCUGCCUUGACGGCAUCCGUUUCAGCUGAGCAGAGGCGGCGAGCCAUUGCCGUGGCUGUGGCUUCAGCAGCGACAGCAGAAGCGGCAGCGUCCGCCGCCAAGGCUGCUGCGGAGGUUGUUAGACUAACAAGCUCGAGUGCUUGUCUUGGUAAGAAGGACGCCGCCAUUGUCAUUCAAACAGCUUUUCGAGGAUAUCUGGCAAGGAGGGCAUUAAGAGCGCUGAAGGGGCUCGUAAAGCUUCAAGCUUUAGUGAGAGGGCACAACGUUAGGAAGCAGGCAAGCAUGACGCUACGAUGCAUGCAAGCUCUUAUCCGUGCUCAGGCGAGGAUGAGGGAUCAGCGUCUCAGACUCGCACAGGAAGCCGCAGCUAGCUAUGUUAGAACAGAGAGGAGAACAAAUGCAGUCGGAAGUAGCUUUUUCGAAGAUUGGAGAGAACGACGCCGGAAGCUUACAGUUGAAGAGAUUCGAGCUAUGAUGCUUUUGCAGAGCAGCAAGGAAGUGACUUUGAAGCGCGAGAAUAAAGCCUUCUCUCACGCUUUGAUCUCCCAACAGAUUUGGAGAGACAGAUCAGGGUUGGCAGAAUUCGAAGAAGAAGCGGGGCAGAGGGAUCGCCGGACAAGGAGAAGAGCUUCCACGGGUCAAAGGGAUCCUAUCAAGACACUAGAGGUCGAUACUGGAUCAAGACACCACCUAGCUUCUUUAUCUCCUUCGACUCCGUCGCCAUCGAGCGCUCGGAGUUUGCAGAUGAGGUCGGCGCCCAACUACAUGGCGGCGACGGAAUCAGCGAUUGCGAGGUUUCGGCCGCAGAGUGCACCGAGGCAGAGGCCAAUGACACCGGAGAGAGAAGCGGUGAGCUCGGCGGCAAGGAAGAAGCUACUGUUUGAUCCUUAUAAUGAAAAUGAUGGUUUGAGUGGGAGGUUGCAGAGUAGUCCGAGUUUUAAGGGAAUCAAAGGGUUGAGAGUGGCCUCGGAUCAGAAAUCGAAGGCGGCGUCGACAUGGUGUGAGCAGGAGAGCAGCGGCUGGGAGAAUUGCUCGUCGGUGGCCGCAGCAGGCGGUCGGAGAUGGCUCCGGUGAAAGAGAGAGACAGAAAGAGAAAGACAGAGGGAGUUGGAGGUCAGUAGUGAUGGAGAAUCUUUGCUUUUUUUUCCUGUCGUCGGAGGUGGAUGGGACAUCAUUCGGGGAGGAGUCACAUCCUUUUGAGAGAGAGAUCAUAGAACUUUAGUUUUAGUUUACAGUGUUUGUUUUUUCUGUUUUUUUAUUAAAUGAUUUGGCAUUUUGAAAGUUAUUUAAAGCGUUUU